AUUGUUUGAUAGAGUUUAGAUGAAAUAUUACUUUUUUUCCUGCAAUUUAGUGACAUUAGCUUUACCUUGUUAUCCACACUUCCGGUUGUUGCACGUUGAGAGUCUGUUGACAAUCGAACCUGUAACUAAAAUGGGUAAAGGAAAAACCAAAGCAGCUAAGACUUAUGCUGCGAUGAAACGCAUGAUAAAUCUGAAAGAUUCGCGCAUUAAAUAUGAAGAGCGACAGAAAAAGAAAAGAAAGUCAAAAAAGCCAAAUCCAGAGAAUAUAACAGAAAGAAAUCUACCUCAGGCAUCCUCGGCCAUGUUCUUCAAAUACAACACCCAGUUAGGUCCUCCAUACCAUAUAAUUGUGGACACAAACUUCAUUAAUUUUUCGAUCAAAAACAAACUGGAAAUCAUCCAGUCAAUGAUGGAUUGCCUGUAUGCCAAAUGUAUUCCAUAUAUAACCGAUUGUGUCAUGGGGGAGUUGGAAAAGUUGGGCUCCAAAUACAGAGUAGCAUUGAGAAUUGCAAGAGAUCCCAGAUUCAAAAGGUUGCCAUGUUUACACAAAGGAACUUAUGCUGAUGAUUGUAUUGUGCAAAGGAUAACCCAGCACAAAUGUUACAUUGUUGCCACUUGUGAUAAAGAUUUGAGGAGAAGAAUCCGAAAGAUCCCAGGGGUACCCAUCAUGUACUUGCAACAACACAGGUAUUCAAUAGAAAGAAUGCCAGAUGCAUUUGGUGCCCCCAAAACGUGAUGAUCCAAGGGAAGUAAGGGAAUUGCCAAGUGGAAAAGAUCUGUGAUUUGUGACUAAAGUUUGUGCAUAAAAGCAUACCGAGUACAAUGAUGUGCAUAUACAUGCACUUUAUUUAACUAAUUGGAAGUGUUAUCCAUGUUUGUAAAUGAUUUUGGUCUGUGCAUAUUUUUGUGCACUAGAAAGCUCAAAUAAAGGACAAAACCUUA